AUGGCGAGAGACAGCUGCCUGGCGCGUGUUACUGCAGGUGCCGCGGUCGGUGGCGCCAUCGGCGGCGCCGUCGGUGAGUGCUGCCCCUCUUGACUUCCUAUGAUAAGCCCGGAUCUCUCUCUGUCUCUCUCUUUCCGGUGGGGAUGUCGGCAUUGCUAGAACCCUAGGAUUCUUGGGCGUCUUCUUCUCCGGCUGGACAGUUGGUGGGGGUUUUGGGAGGCUUCUGAUGGCUUUCGUGAUGGUUGUAUUCUUCGCAUGCUUGUUCUUGGUCUCUGGGAUGUUUCGUUGAUGGUUCGGAAAACAGUAAUCUCUAAACCAGUCGUGACCGAGGUUUGGCCAGAGGGUGUUUUUAGCAUACAAACGCUACCGAGGCAUUUGCGGCUGACACUGGACGGCAGGAUGAGUCGCCGUAAUUCCUCCAUGAGAUUGGAUGUCUGAAUUACUCUUAAUCUUGCCACCUCCAAGAAAUCUUGGGAAUUUUUUUGUUCACAGUAUGAUGCGCACGAUUUUAGGUUUGAGUUUCUCUUUUCUCUCGGAAGCCUUUCUAUUCGAUCCAGUAGGACACCACACCAUCUUAGGGCUUUCAUUUGUCUCCUUCCUUUUAGGAGGUUCAUUUUUCUUUGAGAACUUAGCCGUUGGUUCAUCUGAAAUCCAUUAGGAGUGAAAAUAAAUGUAAAAAAAUGGUAGGGCAGUGGUGCUAUCUUUAUAUUCUUGUGUUGAUUUUUAACCAUACUUUACUACUAAGAUUGCCCAUGAAGUCCAUUAGAAUCUUAUGCUUCUUAAGCCCUUUUGUCUAAUUCUUCAGUGUGAGUGUUUUGUUCUUAAAUGCUCACAUCAUAUAUCGUAUUUCUUGUUUCUAUUACAUGUCCUAUUAACUGCUCGCUAUGGAGGUCUUCAAGUUAGGUUCUCAUUUUCGUUUAUGAAUAUUAUGAUGUUUUCUUAGUCGUUUCGUCAGAAUUUUGCUAUAUCAAUAUAGUUUUGUGAGUGAGAUAUCUUUCCGGUAUGUUCUGGUGAGAUUCUUCUCACUCCAUCUUUCAAUAGUUUUAAAUAUCAUAAAAUACUGAAAUUUCUUUGACCCCAACUUACUUUAAGAUUGGUUAAUUUUGUGUGCUUUCAGGUGCUGUCUAUGGGACUUAUGAGGCCGUAAGAUAUAAGGUACCAUUAGAAAUCAUAUCAGAUCUCUGCCGCUCAAAGCAACUGUAGAAAUAUAAUUGGUGCAGUAAAUUAUAUGUGAUUUUUUACUUUAGUAAUUUUCAAUCUUGUUUUUUGCAUUAUGGUAUCGUAUAUUAUUAAAUGAUUUGGUUUUGGAUUUGAAACAUAGCCAAAGUUCUUAAUGAAUUCGAGUCUACUUUGUUGUUACAAUUAGACUUAUAAUGGUUUGUGCUUUCUUAAAUAUCCUUGGAACCCUAGAAAUUUUGCACGUGUUGACUUUAUAUUGUCUCCUGUUUCAAUUUCCCUUAUCACUUCUUUAUUUAUUCAGUAAUUAGUAUCAGGUAAUUACCGUAGCAAUUGUGUAGUCAACUAGUUGGCAGCCUCUAACCUGUUAACUUUUUAAUUUAUAAUAACAUCACAAGAAUCUUCUUUCUUUAUAUGAUGUUUCCCUUCUCAGAGUUGCUGUCUUCAUUUUAAAUGAAAUUCCGAGGGCAUUCUUCGUUUCUUCUCUACCGUGCUGAAUCGUGAUAUCUGAUGAAAUUAUUUUCAAUAUACUCUUGGAAUUGGUGUCAUACUGUAAAGUCCAUAUUGAAGCAGCUCUCCUUUUCUCACUAUUUUCUCCCGCACAAGGUAUUAAACUGAGGUUUGGUGUGAGUGAAUGGAGGGGCAGUAGUGCAACAAAUGAGAAAAUAGAUUUCAUGUAUUCCUUCGACAUUAUGGCCCAUUUGUGGAGGAUUGAUUUUCAGUCACUUCCUCUUCCUACCAGCUGCUUCUGCUGCUCGUAUGAAUGCCAUUCAAAACCUUUCCUGUAAUAGCCAGCAUUCACCCUAGAUUAGCCAGAAUAAUUCAUGUCCCCUGUUCUCAUGAAAUAUUUGGUUGUUGUAGGGAAUUUUCCCUGUGGAUCAUUCAAACCAUGUUGAUCUAGAUCAUGCUUGGGCAGUGCAGAUUCACCUGGCUUAUCCAACUUGGAUAGAAAAUCUCUUGAUUCGUGGACUAGGAAGAGUCCCAGUUGGGUUUUUUCACUUCAAAAUAUAAUGCCCAUGAUAACUGAAUCAUAUUCUUGGAACUGUUGAGCUAGGACUCCUAGUAACUAGGAGGGAAUCACGCCUUCUGAGUAGAAUGCUUGAAAGACAAUGAUAUGAUUAUUAUCUUUCGCCAAGUAUUUUUCGGUACUGGCGUCGACAUGCUGCAAUCUUUAUCGGUAGACUCAAUCCCAAGUAUUAUGUGGGGUUUGAUGUUCUUCCCCGUAUAAGGUAGAUAAUAUGACGUUAAUGGUGAAAAUAAUUGAUCCUCUCCACGUCCCCUUACAUCUGCCUUGUCCUUUUGUCUUCAUUUCUAUUUUCUUAUCCUUCCUCAUACUUCAGCAAAAUAUUUUUUAAUGGUCGGAUGGACUCUGGUCAAACCAUAUUGGUCCAGUUCCAAGUUGAAUAAUCGCCCAUGAGACACCAAUCCUUGGAGAAAGUUAUCUCUCUAAGUCUCCAUGCCAGAGAGUACACACACUAUAGUAUUCUCUCACACGCAAGUCCACAAUGAAAAUAAAUGAGGACUUUAGGGUUUAUGGGUGGAUGUGGGAUCGAAAGAGUUCCGAGCGAGAACCCAAGUUCUAGUUGACCACCUUUGUUCUUGGAGAAUUUCCAGCAUUCUAAUUUUUAAAAAUAUAUUUUAUUUAAAAUUUUGGGGAAAUCUUCAAUGUUUAUGAUUUUUUUGUAUCUUAUAAAACUUGUAGAAUUUUAUAAUUUAAUAUGCCUAACGUUUCUCUUUAAUCUUUUUUUAACAGCAGCUUAACUUAUUAUUUAGUGUGCUAAUUUGGACCGAUAUUUAUCCAAACCUCAUAUUCACAUUAACUCCUCUAUAACCAUUGAAAUUUGCAGAGGUUAUUUAUUUCCCGCUUAGAAAAAAAAUUCUUCAUAGAUAUCUAAUUCUAUUUUGGCAUCUGCUUUUAUGGGUCAUUGCAUGCUUGCUUGCUAUGGCUUGUGGCAGGUCCCUGGACUGUUGAAGAUCAGGUACAUAGGGCAGACAACUCUCGGCAGUGCGGCCAUUUUUGGGUUGUUCCUCGGAGCUGGCAGUUUGAUACACUGUGGCAAAUCCUAUUGA